AUGAUGGGUAUUGGGUUGCCAAGGCCAUUUGUGAUACCUGAACAACUCGGAAUAUCGAAACAGGAGACUGUCAAACUCUUCACAACUCUAGACGACGAUGAGUUACCCAUUGAAUUUGCUAGACUUAGGCUCCUCACUUUCAAUGCGUCAGCCAACAAGCCAAUCAAGAUCCGGCUACUUCGGAGCGACGAUCGUCACCAUUCAAACCAUGGCUGGCUGAAUUCGCAUGCCAGUCUAUCCUAUGCGGACCGGCUAUCUAUCAAGUCUUCUGAAUUUUCCACGCUCUGCGUAGUGAACGAAGACCUAGUCGCACCAAAGUCUGGCUUUCCAGAGCAUCCACAUGCCGAGUUCGAGAUAUUCAGCUAUAUCAUCUCAGGGGAGUUGACUCACCGCGACUCCACGCUGGAUAGCAUGAAUGGUGGCCAAUAUGGCGAAUCCAUAAUCAUGCGUCGCGGGGACAUCCAGUUCACCACUGCUGGCACCGGCCUUACACAUUCUGAGACGAAUGAGCAUCCGACGGAUAUCACACAAUUUCUGCAAAUCUGGGUGAAACCUUGGAAAAGCCAGUUGCAACCGCGAUAUCACACACGCCACUUCGACGAUGACACCAAGCGUCGAGGCUUCGUCACUAUUUUAUCACCUUUGAAAGCAGGCCCCGAGGGUGGCCCCAAGGAUGAGACGCAAUCAGAUCCUCUUGUCCCAGGUACGAUUCCUAUACAUGCAGACUUUUUCAUGGCAGCCGGUAUAGUCAAGCACAAGGGCACACUCUCGUGGAAAGUGGGUGCGUCUUCCCGGCUUUCAACCAAGCGCAACCUUUUCAUCCAUAUUCCAUUGCAUAGUGGGAGCGAAGCCAAGAUCCGCUUUGAUUCUGGGGAGGAGCUGAACCUCCGGGAGGGCGACGGCGUGUUUGUUGAAGAUAUAGAGGCGGGUAGCGGCGUUUACGUAGAGGGCGUUAGCCUUGUCGAGACCGAGCUAGUUGUGUUGGACUUGGCAUAA